AUUAUCGCAGAACACCUGCCCAUUACUCUUGACCCUGUUAAAACAAUAACUGCCUAUCCAAAUAUGCCACACUUCUGCCUGCUGUUGGCAACCCUCCUGGACUAGGCUGCUCUUGUUAAUCACAUGGAUGUUGUUUCUUAAUGUUGCCAACAUGAAAGUGCUUCAGAUGGCUUUGAGUCCUAAUCUUGUGGUUCUGUUCACUGAAGAUCAGAAACUCAAAAAACAACCUGAAAAUUGGCAAAGAAAGGAUUCUCUGGUUUUUUUGUUAAGCCUCUCAAGUCAGCGGACAGCCACAGCACUCCACAUAAUUGGGCUGAUUACUGUGAGUGCAAACCUUUUCACUGUUCCAGAGAGGAGCCUGACAACCACGUUCUCUUUCUUAAGAUGUGGUGCUUAUUGCAUAGGCUGACCAGAUAGAAGAGUUUGGACCGCCCAGCACACAAGGUCAGCAUGCUGCUCCUCUGUCACGCUCUUGCUAUAGCUGUUGUCCAGAUCGUUAUCUUCUCAGAAAGCUGGGCAUUUGCCAAGAACAUCAACUUCUAUAAUGUGAGGCCUCCUCUCGACCCUACACCAUUUCCAAAUAGCUUCAAGUGCUUUACUUGUGAAAAUGCAGGGGAUAAUUAUAACUGCAAUAGAUGGGCAGAAGACAAAUGGUGUCCACAAAACACACAGUACUGUUUGACAGUUCAUCACUUUACCAGCCAUGGAAGAAGCACAUCCAUCACUAAAAAGUGCGCCUCCAGAAGUGAAUGUCAUUUUGUCGGUUGCCACCACAGCCGAGAUUCUGAACAUACGGAGUGUAGGUCUUGCUGUGAAGGAAUGAUCUGCAAUGUAGAAUUACCCACCAAUCACACUAAUGCAGUGUUUGCCGUAAUGCACGCUCAGAGAACAUCUGGCAGCAGUGCCCCCACACCCUACCUACCAGUGCUCGCCUGGGUCUUUGCGCUUCCAUUGCUGUGAUGCCACCAUUCCUAGGAGAGGCAGAGACCAGCCUCUAAAGCACAAGCCAAAAACUGUGUGAACGGCGAACUUUGGAGUGAAGAUCAAUCUUGCACUUGGUGAAGAGUGCACAUUGGACCCCAAGGCGAAAGCCAGUGGUUUGCUUUGAUAAAAUGUUCCCACAUAAGGCCACAGGACUGAGGAUGGGAAUUUGGCAGGGCCUGAGAAGAUGGUCUGACUUCCAGGCUUCCUGGUCAAAGAGAGCUACGUUUGGUCAGUUCUGCAGAGUGGAUCCUGGCAACUAGUCCCACCUGACUAGGCCUUUAGCUGAAAGAAUUUCUUGACCUCCUUGACUGCCUCAGAGGCUGCCAGGUCAAACCUUCUUGUUUAUGUGAUUAGCUCUGUGAAAUCUAACCCUUCCCCUCACGAGAAAGCAGUUUUCCCCACCAACAGACUAGUGCAUGAGAAAGGCAACUGCCACGAAGAAAACUUCCAGUUGAACUAACAUGAAAUCUAUUUGCUAAUUGUGGGGGGAAAUAAAGCUUUUAAAUUAUACAAUGUAAA